AUGGGCGCACUAUACGCUCCAACAUUCUGGCAGACUAUCGCCUUCUUCAUCCCCGGUUUGAUUGCGGUGGUUCUCAUCCCGGUCGUCUGGGUCAUUUAUAUCCUAGCUUUUCUAAUACUAUGGCUUUUCAAUCCAGCUGGACUGAAGAGGAUGAGAGAGAAAACGAGCGAGUGGAUUUUUCUUGCUACGUUCGUCCCGAUUGCUGCUACUUUUAUACACAUUUUCGUUAUCAUCUGGACGAUCCUAAUGCUACUCUUGGAAGCAAUUCGAAUGGCUGUUACUUUACCAUUUCAGAUCUAUGUGUGGAGAAAGAGGUCUUUGAAGAGAUGGAUGUCGAAGAGUGGAAAUGGGUAUGUAAGGAGUUACAGUCUACUAUCAUCGAUAGAUUCGGGAGAGAAAGUCGAGAAACCUAGCAGACCCAGUGUUGCAGGGGAGCUUAAUACUACAAAGGCAUAUCAAUAUACAUCCCUACGAGGCUCAGACGAAUUCCGUCUCCUGGGUAUCUCGCCUGGAAAAUUCAAUGAUCCUUUGAGGGGGAAAGUGAUUUCGACAAGAAUCUCGGGCUUUAGACCGGCUUAUGAAGCUCUAUCCUACACCUGGGCGGAUGAAAUUGGUAACGGCGAAAGGACGAAGAGAUUUCUUUGUGGGAAGAAGGGUGUUAUCAUGAUUACGACGAGCUGCGAUGCUGCUAUGAGACGUCUUCGAUUGCCUGAUAAAAUGAGGUGGAUGUGGAUUGAUGCGAUUUGUAUUGAUCAGAGUAGUGAUGCGGAACGCAGUUAUCAGGUUUCUAUGAUGCACAAGAUUUAUACGUCGGCAAAGGGUGUGGUGGUAUACACGGGCGAGGAGACAGCGGGGGUGAUUACGUUAUUUGAUUGGGUAAAUGGGUUGGAUACGAGGGAAUUGAGGAUUCCGAGUCGAUGGGAUGUGGAUAAUGCUAUGGGGAGUGUGGCCACUGGUAUAUGGAUAUACUGGAACGCAGCGAAGGACAAGCUCCUGUCACUCACACGAGCACGCAACAAGCGAAAAAUAAAUGUCUCUGAGCAAGAACUGAUUCAGCUAGCUACUGAAUACUUUUCUCGCCGCUGGUUCACCAGAGUUUGGGUCCUACAGGAAGUCACACUCCCAGAUAUCCGCCACACAACAAUCAUAUGCGGUUCACUCUCCACCCCCGCAAUCAGAGCUUUACACCUCCUCACCCUCCUCAAAGACGCCUCGCCCUCAAGCCCAAGUAUAAACCUCAUCCGCAUCUUCGUCCUCCUCCGCCACCCAAUAAACCAGGGAACCUCCCACCUCCUAGACCUCCUCAUCGAGACACGCGCCCGCCAAUGCAGUGACCCACGAGAUAAAAUCUUCGGAAUCCUAAGUAUCGCAAAGUACCUCGAUGGCAAUCGGUUUCCUGAGCUGGAAGCGGAUUAUGGGAUGAGUGUUGUAGAGGUUUACACGUAUUACUCGAGUUUCUUUGUUAGACACCAUGGAUUGGGGUUCUUCCUCUCACUUGUUAGGCGGAAGAGUGGGAUGGAGGGGUUGCCUUUUUGGGCGGUGGAUUGGACGUUACCGUGGGGGAAUGAUGCGAUCUUGAAGGGGAGAGAUUUCCCUGCUGCGGAGAGGGGGGUGAAUGGAGAUUGUAGGGGUGAGGAUGUGGAGUUUGAUGCACAUAUAAUAGCUUUUACUCGUCCGAGGAUUCUCAAGGGGUAUUUCACCAGAACGGGAUAUGUGGAUGACGAGGAUGAGAAUGAGGUCUUUGUCGAGGAUGUGGAGCAGCUUUGGGAUGGGGAGGUGCUGGUGCAGGUUUACCCUGGCCUUGCAUUGCUUCUGGUUAGGGAGGAGGCUUACUUUGUUUUUGAAAGGGUUUGUCCUUUUGCGCUUACGGUUGAGGGGUUGGAGGAUGUUGUGAGGCGGUGGGGGAGUGUUGUUUUGGAUGGACGGGGAUGGCAGGGUGGAGAGAGGAGUUAUUUGGGUGUGGAAGAAAGGUUUGAGAUUAAGUGA